AUGUCUGCAACGAAGUCAAUGAUCAAACUACAUGGAAUGAAGAUGUCCACAUGCACUCGACGAGUUCGAUGUGUAUUAGAAGAAAUGGGUUUACCAUAUGAAAUUGUUCUCGUUGAUUUGGGUAAAGGUGAACACAAACAAGCAACUUAUCUUGCUUUGCAACCAUUUGGUCAAGUUCCAUUACUUGAAGAUGUCGAUGGAACAAAAGUCUUUGAAUCAAGAGCAAUUAUUCGGUAUCUUCUGAGAAAAUAUCCAACUGAAGGUGCAAAACUGCAACCAGAAAACGCAAAGAAUUACGGUCUAAUGGAACAAUGGUUGAAUGUUGAAUCUGAACAUUUUAAUCGUGAAGCAACUCCUCUAGUCUGGGAAACGCUAUGGAAACCAAAAAUGAAACACUUGGGUGAAGUCGACGGCAAGCUAGUUGAAGAGAAAAAGAAGAAGUUAGAAAGUAUCUUGACGAUUAUCGAUCAACAUUUAGCAACUAAUGAAUAUUUUGCUGGAAAUCAAUUUACAAUAGCUGACAUCAGUUACUUACCAUAUACGGAAAAUCUCAUUCGAGCUGGCCAUCGUGGCCUCUUACUUUCGAAAGCAAAUUUCGCCGCAUGGUGGAAAAGAUGCAGUGAACGGCCUAGCUGGUUAUUAUGUAAGACUGAGCAAGAAAUCGAUUUCUGA